AUGCCUCCUAAUUUGGCGCAAUCAGUUGGUGAACGAGGACGAGCAAACCUCCGAGUUCUAAAGAGAUACGACAAGCAUGCCGAAGAGAUACUAGACACCUUCUCAUAUGUAGCCGCAUACACUUUUACAGAGGAUACUCAAAGCUGGACGAAACGCGGAAUCGAGGGCCCCAUGUUUGUGUUUAGACGAUCAACAUCACCUUAUUACGCCAUCUUCAUCAUGAAUCGAUUGGAUCCUGAAAACUUAUGGGUCUUGCUGGAUGUUGUCUUGGAAGUCGAGCUGAUGGAAGAGUUUGUGGUGUACAGGCUAGCUGAUGGUUUGGUACAAGGACUAUGGAUGUUUGAACCUGUUGAUCGCACGAGACUAGAAGAAUCACUGCAAACAUAUUGUGCACUGGCAUUAACGAAACCGCCGCCGCUACCCAUUCAACCAACAUCGUCGACAAACGCAUCAGCGAGACCUUCAACUACGAGUAAACAACCGCAACAGCCGAAAGGUGGCCAGGACCUGUUAGCCAUGCUGCAGCGGGCAGCUUCUGCAUCUCCCGUACCAUCAGCAUCUACGGAAUCCAAACGAACAGUUUCUUCAACAAUAACAAGGCCUAAACGACUACCGAAUCUCAUCACUGAUCUAUCACAAAUAUGGAUUUUGGUUGAGGCAAUUGGUGGGCCAUGCACGCCUGGAAGUCUCGACAAACAAGAUUUCGCAAAACGGAUUCGGUCGCUUUCUCAGAUGUAUCUGCUGCUCAGAACCGAGACUGGUACACCAAAGACAACUUUGGCAAGGAUCUAUGUUGGAGAUGUUGGUAAAGACAGGUCUAUAGUAGAAGCGAUACUGUCGAUUCUUAUAAAUGUAGGGGACAUCCAUACCAAGUAUGAGCUACGAACGGAAGAAGCAGGGGCUCUAGUACAAGGUACCCAGCUCCAUGCAGGAGAAUAUAUUUUGAAGGCCCAGGAAACUGAACAAGCUAUAACACCAUCACAUAUGAGGACCCAGCACACCCUAUUUCACAAGACUAAGUCAUCCGCUACAUCGACAUCAGGCAUAUCCACACCAACGACACCAAGUCGAUCCAAAGCAGGUCGAUCCACACCAAUAAAAUCUUGUGGAAGCUCAUCAUUAUCCGCAGUAGCACCCAGAGUAGACGCAACAGUCAACGAUACAGAAUCUACAACUAUCGGGGAUGCAUUAGUAGCCGCAAUGACUGCCGUAUCGAUCACUACACCAGAUCAAAAGGCAAAUGCAAAGAGGUCGGCUACGUUUAAACUGGAAUUGGCACAACGUGACGGAGUCUGUGUUUUGACUGGAGAGGAAGAUUCCGAUCUACUCAUAGGGGCUCAUGUAGUUCCGUGGUCAUGGCAAGAAAAUCACCGUAUAGACCAACUGCCCUAUUAUGUGAAGAGUCUCGCAUGGCAGCUACCGAAAAAACUUGAUUCUAUCGAGAACGGGUUAUUGUUACGAUGGGAUCUGCAUGCCAAAUUCGAUAAGUCUCGUUGGACUUUCUUUAAAGAUGAGAAGGGGUGGAGAGUUGUUGUGCUAGCGGAGAGAGUCCCCCUUGGAAUCGAGGGAAAAUAUCUAGAAGUACCGACGGAACCUAUUUGGAAGAAACGAUUUGUAAAGGAAGAGUUUCUAAGGUUUCACUUCGAAACACGUCCGUCUUUGCACAAUGUCAACCGUAAACGUAAAUCUGCAGGUGAAAGGGAUUAUAAUGGUAGUUUUGGUUCAGACGAAGACGGCGAAGAAGAGGAAGUGGUGUGUUAA